UUUAGCAGUUUGGAAUCUAAAACAACAACAAAAAAGGAGUACAUGUUUUUUUUCCUAACCAUAACGUUUAUAAGAAUAUUUAGGCUCAGGGUUAGUGAAAAAAUGAGCAUAUUACAAGCAUAACUGUGAGUCCUUGUUUUGCUGCAUAGUUUUAACAUAAUUAGCAUACAGUAGACGUCCGUUAAUUUGAAUGCCGCUUAAUUCGAACUUUCCAUUAUUUCGAACAAAUUGCUAAGUCCCUUGAGUUUGGUUAAAUAAAGUGCUUAAUUCAAACUCCGCUAAUUCGAACAUUUCGCUAAUUCGAACAAUUUUUUAAUUCGACCUUAUUGUGGCGCCGUAGAUUAGUGGUUAUAGCUUUCGUAUCCUGUGCGGGAGACCGGGGUUCGAUUCCUCUUGUAGUGAAGUUGUAAUAAAGUUAUAUUAGCAUAAAACCUUUAAACGUUUAUUAAAAUUCUUGUUUUUUCUGAACUUCCGAUAAUCCGAACAUUCGUUAAUUCGAACAAAUAAUUUAGUCCCUAGCGUGUUCAAUUAACGGACGUCUACUGUAUUUUCAGCACAUUGCAUCAUAUUACAAUCGUUAUCUGCAGAGACAUGUGUUUGAUUGCUUUAGUCAUUUUUGUCUGUUUAUGUUUUAAGAAAAUACAGUUAAAAAUGUGAAACUUUGUUCUUUAUUUUGGUUAUUGGGUUUGGAACGGUAGCGGAUAUAAGCCUGCAUAUUCCUAGUAUAAUUUGAGCAUCUUUUGUAAUUAAUGCUAAGCAUACCCAAGCCUGAUUUCAAAAAGUCAUAUGCUAAUAAAAAAAAAACAUGUAUUUUUUGCUUAAUUUCGUCAUCAUUUGCUACCUUUUGUGCUUUUCCAUUUAGAACUAUCUUCGAAAAACCAAAUAAUACAAACAAGAGAUGAUAACGACGUGCAACAUACAGAUGUUAACCUAGAUUCUCAGGUUAGGCUUGUAUAUUUAUUAAGGGUGUCAUGUUAAUAGCUGAGUUGUAAAUUAUUCUAAAUUUGUGAACUAAUGUAGCAAAAAGUAAAUAUAUAUAUAUGCAUUGCCUUAAUUUUGGAUAAAACACUUCUGCCUAUUGAUCACACACUAAUUGAGAGUGAUGUUUCAAUCGAGAGUGAUGAAUCAACAUGCAAUGAUCAUCAUGAUCCAGAUGACAAUUGUGUGAAUGAAGAAACCGCAACGGAAUUGUGGAAAGAUCCUGAAGCAGAACCAGAGGACGACUUUAAUGUUGUUGUUGGUCAACAUGCUAACCAUCAUACCACAAAAUUCAUCACUCUGGUACUGCAAGCAAUGUUCAUUUUGCAAGUUCAUAUUUUUCUCUCUGAUAACACAUUGGAAAGUAUUUUAGGUUUUUCAAAACUGAUUUGUUUAUUGCUCAACAAAAUGUUUGGUUUACACAUUCUUGAUGAAAUAUUGGAAAAAUUUCCAAAUUCAUUAUACAUGGCUCGACAAUAUCUGGCUCUGAAUCGGGAUUCUUUUACAAAGUUUGUUGUGUGCACGUCAUGUCAAUCUCUGUAUUCUUAUAAUCAAUGCUGGAAAAAAGAAAUCACUGGUAGAAAGACAAGCAGCAAAUGUAGUCAUGUGAAAUUCCCUAAUCACCCAUUUCCUGCCUACAGGGAACCUUGCAACAAUAUUUUAAUGAAAGUGGUUGUAUCCUUUGAAAAAAAUAUAAACUUAUACCCAAAGAAGGUUUAUGCUUAUCGGAGUAUAAAGACUGGCCUGGAAGAGUUGCUAGCACGUCCAGGUUUCUUGGAAUUAUUAUUUACUAAACCUGAUGAACAUGUCAAAAUGUCAGAUAUUUUUGAUGGACAGAUUUGGAAAAGUUUUCAGGACAGCAUAGGGGAAUUAUAUUUUGCAGAUAAAAGAAAUUUGGGCGUUUUGCUAAACCUAGAUUGGUUUAAUCCGUAUAAGAACAGAGAGCAUAGUGUUGGUGUAAUUUACCUGUCAAUUUUAAAUUUACCAAGACAACAUCGAUUGCUGUGGAAAAACACACUCAUCAUAGGUAUUAUUCCUGGUCCAAAAGAGCCAAAUCUUCACAUUAAUUCUUUUAUCAAACCAAUGGUUGAUGAGCUUUUACAAUAUUGGGAUGGUGUGAUUAUGAAAGAGCCAAGUAGCAUUGGUUAUUCUUUAUAUAAAAUUGCUUUAAUAUCAAUAUCAAAUGAUAUUCCUGCUACUCGAAAGUUUGGUGGUUUUUUUAAUUUCAAUGCAAAGUCAGGGUGCAGUAAGUGUUUGAAAGUAUUCAACAAAGUUGGUGACUUCACUGAUUAUUCUGGAUCUGAUGUUGAUGCCUGGGAAUUGCGAACUGGAAUAAAUCACAAAAGAUACGCCCUUCAUGCUGCCAACGCCAAUACGAAAAGUGAAUGUGAAAAAAGACAAAGAGAACACGGAGCCCGUUACAGCGAACUCCAUAGAUUGCCAUACUAUGAUCCAGUCAGAGUGCAUACAAUUGAUCCUAUGCAUAAUCUUUAUUUGGGUACAGCAAAACAUGUUUUUAAAACUUGGAUUGAAAUUGGGGUUUUAACAUCAGAUAAACUGAAAUGUAUUGACGACAAAAUGAAAAAGGUAAAAGUUCCAACUGAUGUUGGUAGAAUACCAGGUAACAUGUCAGAUUGUUACAAAAGCAUGAAGGCUGAUGAGUGGCGCCAUUGGACACACAUCUAUUCAUGCUUCUGUUUAAAAGAUGUAAUACCAGAUAAUCAUUUAAACAUGUGGUUGAUCUUUGUAGCAGCUUGCAAUAAAAUCUGCACACGAAGUAUAACUGCAGGUGACAUUUAUCAAGCGCAUACUUUAUUUGUAUGUUUAUUGGCAUAUUUGCAAAUCUAUGUGGAAAGUUAUGGUGUACUCCAAAUAUGCAUCUUCACCUCCACUUAAAAGAUUGUUUGCUGGAUUACGGACCUGUGUAUGCAUUUUGGUGUUUUAGUUAUGAACGUUUCAAUGGAAUUUUAGGUUCAUACCAUGUAAAUAAUCAUGACAUAACAAUCCAACUAAUGCGCAAAUUUAUAAUUGGUUGUC